GUUAUUUUUGUAGGAAGUAAGUAGAGUUCAGGGAUGUUCGCCGGUGGUUUGUUGGUGUGUUUGCUGGCCGUGUUUCAGCUCGGCUCGCGGGCUCAGUAUGCUCCUGAUGAGGUGACCCAGCUGCCGGGUAUGAAGUUCAAACCCAACUAUCGACAGUGGUCGGGACACCUCCAGGCACGGCCAGGGAAGUUUCUCCACUAUUGGUUUGUGACUUCUCAGAGGGACCCAGUCAAAGACCCUCUGGUGCUCUGGCUGAAUGGAGGCCCAGGCUGCAGCUCACUGGAUGGUUUCCUGUCAGAAAAUGGACCCUUUCAUGUCACUGAUAACGGCGUCACACUGUAUGAGAACGCGUUCAGCUGGAACAAGAUUGCCAACAUGCUGUAUCUAGAAUCUCCUGUAGGAGUGGGAUAUUCCUACUCUGAUGACAAAAAGUACGCCACCGACGAUGACCAGGUUGCUGAGGAUAGUUACAAAGCCCUGCAGAGUUUCUUUUCCAAGUUCCCACAUUUCACUCAAAAUGAGUUCUUCAUCUUUGGGGAAAGUUAUGGUGGCGUUUAUGCACCAACCCUCAGCCUGCGCGUGGCUACCGGAGUUGCCAAAAUCAACCUUAAGGGAUUUUCAGCGGGGAAUGGUCUCAGCAGCUUUGCGCUCAAUGACCAAAGUUUGAUCUACUUCGGUUACUACCACGGCCUCUUUGGAGAAGAUUUGUGGCGUGAUCUGAACAUAAACUGCUGUGACAAGGGAAACUGUAACUUCUACAACUCCAGUUCAGAGACCUGCAGCACGCUGGUGAAAGUGGCCUUUAGCAUAGUGUAUGGUAGUGGACUUAAUGAGUAUAGCCUUUACUUGGAUUGUGAGGGUGGCAGGAGAUCCCACGGAGGCUACGAGAUGACCAUGAGUCAGCUGUUUAAGAACUACAGGAAACGCCCACACACCCUCAAAUUUUCAGAUGGCGUGCCUUCCGUGUCUCUGGGUGCAGUCCCUCCCUGCAUCAACAGUACGGCUCAGAUUAACUGGCUGAACAGAGGCGAUGUGAGGAAAGCUUUACACGUGCCAGAUACACUACCACCCUGGGACCUCUGCAGUGACUCCGUCGGAGAGCACUACACCUACCUGUACCCAACAGUGAAGGAAGUGUAUAUGAAGCUGCUCUCUCUGGGUCUGCGGGCGCUCGUUUACAACGGAGACACGGACAUGGCCUGCAACUUCCUGGGAGACCAGUGGUUUGUCGAAGACCUCGGCCUGAAGGAAACCACGAAGUACCAGACGUGGAUUCAUGAUGAACAGAUUGCUGGUUUCUAUCAACAGUAUGGAAACAUCACUUUCCUGACGGUCAAGGGUGCAGGUCACAUGGUUCCUCAGUGGGCUCCAGGUCCAGCUUUCCACAUGUUCCAGUCCUUCAUAACAAAUGGCUCCUACUGAGCCAUGAUGGAGAUAUGUAAUAUACCUGCACUCAUCACUUGUUGGAUGCUACAUUUUGUUCUCAGGGAAGAUUUUGAAGGGAAAAUGACUUUUAGGGCACUUAUUCUUAUCAUCUAUAUUGUUUAUUGAGCUCCUGCAGUGAAGUGUGUUGAGUAUUUGGAGAGGGACAAUAUUUGUUGUUGGCUUUGCAUCAUAUUAGAUUUGAGGUGGGGUGGGGGGGGCAGCUUUGAGGAUAUUUCAUCUAUAUUGGGUUUAUAGUGAAUCGAAACCCUUUUUUUAGACUCAUGUUUAUAAAGGGACAACAAAUAAUUGGACACUUAAAUAUGAAUUGAAUCAAAUCACAUGUAACAUUAUCAGCCAACUUUACUUCAUGCUCAUUUGGGGAAUGUGUGCCUUGUGUUAUUUAUUUUUUAAAUGUGGUUUUCGGUUGGUAAAAAGCGCCUGUGCAGUCGCACUUAUCUGACAUACUUGGCCUGUUAAUGACAUCCUGUCGAGCCUUUAACUCCCUGGUGGCCUUGUCUUGAAUGGUCGUACGGCGUUGUCUUUUAAGAUGAGGAACUACUUGUACAUGUUACAAGUCUGCUCUUUGACCUUGGUUCCAUGUCUAAUAAUAAAAAAGCCAAAACAAAUUGUCCAUGUCCAAAUAUUAAGACGGCACUUUACAUGAUCAAAUGAAGCUAUUGUCUGUGGAAUUGAUGCAAAGCUGAAUCUGUGGGUUUUUUAUUUUUUAAUUGCUAUUUUCUGGAAAAGUGUGCAAGUAAUGAAAAGGCAUUAUUCUGAAUUUAAAAAGCAUUGCUCAAACUGUCUCGAACUUCACUUGUUUCUUCAUUAAAUGUUUUAAACUGCCAGUGACUUAAGAAUUAUCAGAUGUAUUCACAUGCCUUGAUUUUAGUCAAUUUAUUGGAAUAUCACAGGUAUUUCUAUUAAACCAUCCAUGAACUUGU